AUGGCCACGCAGGCUGACGCGUCCUGGGUCAAGGACGACAACCGCCGCAUGCUCCACGUCGUCUACCGCGUCGGCGACAUGGACGCGACGAUCGAGUACUACAAGAAGCACUUCGGCAUGCAGCUGCUGCGUUACCGCGACAUCACGGAGGACAAGUACAGCAACGCGUUCCUGGGCUACGGACCCGAGACGACGAACUUCGCCGUCGAGCUCACCUACAACUACGGCGUGAACUCGUACGACCUCGGCACCGGGUUCGGGCACUUCGGCAUCUACUGCGACGACGUCGCCGCGGUGUGCGAGAAGAUCAAGGCCGAGGGCGGCAAGGUGACGCGCGAGGCUGGCCCGGUGAAGGGCGGCACCAGCGUCAUCGCCUUCGUCGAGGACCCCACCGGGUACAAGUGGGAGCUGAUUCAGAAGCCGGAGGCGAAGGAGAAGCUGUGCCAGGUCAUGCUACGCGUCGGCAACCUCGACCGCUCCGUGGAGUUCUACGAGAAGGUUCUGGGCAUGCAGUGUCUGCGCAAGAGGCGCAACGAGGACUACAAAUACACCCUCGCGUUCAUGGGCUACGGGCCCGAGGACGCCAACACGGUCGUCGAGCUCACGGAGAACGACGGCGUGGACUCGUACACCCCGGGCGACGCCUACGCGCAGAUCGCGGUCGGCACCGACGACGUGUACAAGACGGCGGACGCCAUCAAGGCGGCGGGGUACGAGGUGACGCGGGAGCCGGGGCCCGUGCCGGGCAUCGGGACGAAGAUCGUUGCGUGCAGGGACCCGGACGGGUGGAAGGUCGUGUUCGUCGACAACAAGGACUUCUUGGCGGAGCUCGAGUGA